AUGAAGAUACUUCUAUCGACAGUGCGAGACAAGGCCAAAUUGACCGAAAUCGCCAUUUCCCAAAAUGAAGCCGACCGCAAGAUCAGACUCGCCCGACCAACACCAGCACAGUACUCCUCGCUUUACUCGGCCGCCAUCAUCGAACAGAUCACCCCGUUCAAAUUUAAUAACACCACAUACACGGCAAUUGCGCGCCAGGGAGGCCUGAUCGACAUCUACAACGCCAAAUCGUCCAUGCCACUCAUCUCGCUCACAGAAAACUUACGCCUGGGCUCCGACUUUAUGGUUGCCCUGAACGUGGUGGACCAUUUUCUGAUCAGCUGCAGCAACAGGGGACUGGUGUCUGUCUACAACAUCAGCAAACUGGUGGACGAGCCAGACCUCGAGGGUGGCUUUUUUAUGCUGAUCGAAGACCCUGUCGAGUUCUGCCGCCCGCUGGACAACCCGUUCAAGUUCGUAACGGGAGGAUACAACAACAGCCUCGAGAUGUACGAUUUCCGCAAAGACUACGAAAGCCACCAACGCCAGACGUCCGAGUCGACGUUUCUCAGAAUAUGCAGAAGUAUUAUCACGAUAAAACCGGUGUUCAAGACCGCAAACCCCAAACCGAACGGAGACUUCCCGUGGCUUAAGAACGCGGUGUUUGUACGCGAGUCGUGCGAGGACGCCGACCUCACGAUUCUCGCCACAACCAAGUUCGGCAAACUGCUCAUGUACAAGCCGUAUUUCGCCAAGGUGCCCAUCCAAGUAUUCCAGCUCUCGCCACAUUCGAUCAACCACAUCACCACGCUGAACAAGUGCAAGAUCCUGUUCAUGGACUCGUUCAACACAAUUGGCAUCUUCGACUUGGCUGCAGAAAGAGUGGUCAAACAGUUCAACAUCGCAUUGAUCGGGUCCAUCGCGUCGCUCGACUGCGUCAAAAUCAACGACUUCUCGUUCCUCGUCAUCAUCGCUUCGCUAGACAAAAACCUCAGACUCUACAGACUCACGCUGCCCGACUGCACGCUGGCGCUCAUUGGCAUCUCAAAACUCUCGUCCAUAGUGCCCUGUCUAAAGCUCAUCGACCUCGAGGAUAACGUGCGCCAGCUAGACUUUAGGUAUUAUGACACCAAAUAG